CCUAAAGACUAAUAACGAUUAUUAUUAUUACUCUGUAUUGAGUACUGGGUUAUGCUAACACUGUGGCAGAAGUGUCUCCUUUCAAUUUCUCGCAGCCUUCCUCUGAGGUAGAUACUCCAAUUCUGCCACAUACAGAUAAGCACACUGAGUUGGGGGUUAGGGAUUUGAAGCUUUCUAGAAACUUUGAGACUGGAUAUUGUUUCAGAGUAGCAGAUUUGAUGGUCGCUGGCAAUCCCACAGCUGAAAUAUUCCUGUUGUUUGAAGCCCAAUUAAGACAACCCCCAAUCUGAAGGAUGACCUUUCAACUUUAGUAUAAUCUAUGAAUUUUUGUGAUAUCGUAAAGGCUUUAGCCAUGCUUCCACACAAUGGGCAGACAGGACAUAGGCAGAUGUCCCCAGGGGUUCUGGUGAGCAGCACACCUUUCUGAAAUUAGUGUUUUCAUUUCAAAAGUGGCAUGUUGGUUUUGUAAAUCACGUUAUCAUGGGUCCACUUUCUAUUGUAUAUAUAAAUAAAUUGUUUCUCGUUCCUCACCAUCGAGGAAGAUUGAUGCUUUAGGAAGUUGUGUCAUAUUUGAGAUACACCCAGCACACUGGCGCAUACCUCAGUUUGGGAAAGCUAGGUGUAUGAGACUAUGGAGCACACUAUUUGAAAUCACAACUCAACAGAAAAAAAUCUUGGCAUUGUGUUGGCUCCCAUGAAAGUGGGCCAGUGAGGUCUUAAGUUUGGUUGUGGGGGAAACGGUGGGAACUGGGGGGUGGGGUGUUGAAAUAGGCUGGGAGGGCCUCCCUUCCAACAGAGGAGGCAGCUGAAAUCCAGACCAGGGGAGAGAAUCGCUCUAGUCCCUCUGGUAUCUGCAUUGGACCCAGUACCCUCCCAAGGACCGGGAUGAGUGGCGGAGAGGAGGGACACUGAAGAGGAUGCUGAUUGAGGCAAUGGUGGAGGCCUUUGAGGUGACCAUGGAGGAAGAAGAUGAGUCUCGAGGGAAAACAGAGGAGUCGGGUGAAGAUCGGGGCGAUGGUCCCCCGGACAGAGACCCUACGCUUUCUCCUACUGCCUUUAUCCUGCGGGCCAUUCAGCAGGCUGUGGGAAGUUCCCUGCAGGGGGAUCUGCCGAAUGAUAAAGAUGGCUCUCGGUGUCAUGGCCUUCGAUGGAGGCGCUGCCAGAGCCCACGGUCAGAGUCCCGUUCCCAGGAAUCAGGAGGAACUGACACAGCUACUGUGCUGGACAUGGCUGCGGACAGCUUCCUGGCAGGGUUGGUGAGCGUCCUGGAUCCUCCAGACACCUGGGUUCCCAGCCACCUGGACCUGCGGCCUGGCGAAAGCGAGGACAUGCUGGAGCUGGUGGCUGAGGUCCGAAUCGGGGACAGGGAUCCGAUCCCUCUGCCGGUGCCCAGCCUGCUGCCCCGUCUCAGGGCCUGGAGGACGGGCAAAACAGUUUGUCCCCAGUCUCACUCUUCUCGACCCUCCUGUGCUCGCCACCUCCUAACCUUGGGCACUGGAGACGGGGGCCCCGCCCCACCUCCUGCCCCCUCUUCUGCCUCCUCUUCGCCUUCCCCUUCCCCCUCAUCAUCCUCCCCUUCCCCUCCGCCCCCACCACCACCCCCUGCCCCCCCAGCCCCACCUGCCCCCCGGUUCGACAUCUAUGACCCCUUCCACCCCACCGACGAGGCCUAUUCCCCACCACCCGCUCCGGAGCAGAAAUACGACCCCUUUGAGCCCACUGGCUCCAACCCCAGCUCAUCUGCGGGGACCCCCUCACCAGAGGCGGAAGAGGAGGAGGAAGAAGAGGAAGAAGAGGAGGAGGAAGAGGAGGAAGAGGAGGAGGAAGGCCUGUCCCAGAGCAUCAACCGCAUCUCUGAGACCCUGGCAGGCAUCUACGAUGACAACAGCCUGAGUCAGGACUUCCCAGGUGACGAGAGUCCCCGCCCGGACCCCCAGCCCCCACAGUCAAGUGCAGCCCCUGGAACACCACCGCAGGCAGACUCUACGAGGGCCGACGGAGCCACUCGCAGGCGUGUCUUUGUGGUGGGGACGGAGGCGGAGGCCUGUCGGGAAGGCAAGGUCUCUGUGGAGGUGGUGACAGCCAGUGGAGCUGCCCUUCCGCCUCCCCUGCUUCCACCUGGGGACUCGGAGAUUGAGGAGGGUGAGAUCGUCCAGCCGGAGGAGGAGCCCAGGAUGGCACUCUCACUCUUCCGGGCCAGCAGCCGUGCUGCCCGCCCUCCUCCUGCAGCCCCAGCCACCCCUGUGGCCCAGCCCCCGCCCCCACCGCCAGCUCCCCGGGCCCCUGAGGGGGACGACUUCUUGUCUCUGCACGCUGAGUCUGAUGGCGAGGGCGCCCUGCAGGUGGACCUGGGGGAGCCAGCCCCUGUGCCCCCUACCACGGACGCACGCUGGGGCGGCCUGGACCUCCGCCGCAAGAUCCUGACCCAGCGACGAGAGCGCUACCGCCAGCGCUCACCCUCCCCCGCUGCCGCCGCCCCCACUGGCCCUCCCACCCGCAAGAAGUCACGGCGGGAGCGCAAGCGCAGCGGCGGAGAGGCCAAGGAGGCCGCCUCAUCCUCGGCCGGUGUGCCCCCUGCCCCGCUGACUCCGGCCUCUCCCUGGGACUCCAAGAAGCACCGCUCCCGGGACCACAAGCCCGGCUCCCAUGCCUCGUCGUCCGCCCGCCGUCGCUCGAGAUCUCGCUCUGCCCGCCGCCGCUCUCGCAGCCCUGACCGCCGCCGUGGGGGCAGCCGCAGAUCACGGUCCAGGGAGAAGCGGAGGCGGCGGCGGCGGCGCUCAGCCUCCCCGCCCCCAGCCACCUCCUCGUCGUCGUCUUCAAGGCGUGAGCGGCACCGUGGCAAGCACCGGGAAGGUGGCAGCAGCAAGAAGAAGAAGAAGCGCUCCCGGUCCAGGGGUGAGAAGCGGUCAGGGGACAGUGACAAGGCCCUGGCUCCAGCUCAGCCACCCACUGGCUCGACUUCAUUGGGCGGGGAGCGUGACAGCCGCCGCCGGGGGGCCGUGCCACCCUCCAUCCAGGACCUCACGGACCACGAUCUCUUUGCCAUCAAGCGGACCAUCACUGUGGGCCGGCCAGACAAAACCGACCCCAGAGGCCCUUCACCGGCCCCGGCCUCCUCGCCCAAGCGCGAGGUCCUGUAUGACUCAGAGGGACUGAGCACCGAGGAGCGAGGUGGCAAGAGCAGUGAGAAGGACCGGCACCGGGCUGGGGCUGCCUCCUCCUCCUCUUCCAGGGAGAAGGGAUCCCGUCGGAAGGCGCUGGAUGUGGGGGACCGGGACAGGGACAGAGAUAGGGACAGGGACAGGUCAUCCAAGAAGGCCCGGCCCCCCAAGGAGUCAGCACCGUCCUCAGGGCCCCCGCCCAAGCCCCCAGUCAGCAGCGGCUCAGGCUCCUCAUCCUCAUCUUCGUCCUCUUCCUCCCGGAAAGUGAAGCUGCAGUCCAAGGUGGCGGUGCUGAUCCGGGAGGGCGUAAGCAGCACCACUCCGGCCAAGGAAGCGGCGUCGGCCGGCCUGGGCUCAAUUGGAGUCAAGUUCAGCCGUGACCGUGAGAGCCGCUCCCCUUUCCUCAAGCCUGACGAGCGGGCCCCUGCUGAGGUGGCCAAAGCAGCUCCGGGCAGCACCAAGCCUAAAAAGACCAAGGUUAAGGCCAAGGCUGGGGCCAAGAAAGCCAAGGGGACCAAGGGAAAGACCAAGCCAUCCAAGACCAGGAAAAAAAUCCGCAGUGGGGGCAGCAGCGGUGGCACUGGUGGCCCUGUGACACUGAAGAAGUCCAAGGCCGACAGCUGCAGCCAGGCGGCAGGAGCCAAGGGGGCUGAGGAGACAUCCUGGUCUGGGGAGGAGCGGGCAGCCAAGGCCCCCAGCACCCCACCCCCCAAGGCAGCCCCUCCGCCCCCUGCGCUCACACCGGACUCGCAGACUGUGGAUAGCAGCUGUAAGACACCUGAGGUCUCCUUUCUGCCCGAAGAGGCCACCGAGGAGACUGGGGUCCGAGGUGGGGCAGAGGAGGAGGAGGAAGAGGAAGAGGAGGAGGAGGAGGAGGAGGAGGAGGAGGAGGAACAGCAGCCUGCUACCACCACAGCCACAAGCACGGCCGCAGCCGCCCCAAGCACUGCCCCUAGCGCAGGGUCCACAGCCGGUGACUCGGGGGCGGAGGACGGGCCAGCUCCCCGUGUCUCCCAGCUGCCCACACUGCCCCCACCCAUGCCCUGGAACCUGCCUGCUGGUGUGGACUGCACCACCAGUGGUGUCCUGGCCUUGACUGCACUUCUCUUCAAGAUGGAAGAAGCCAACCUGGCGAGCCGAGCAAAGGCCCAGGAGCUGAUACAGGCCACCAACCAGAUCCUCAGCCACAGAAAGCCACCCUCCAGUCUAGGGGUGACACCAGCUCCUGUGCCCACCUCUCUGGGUCUGCCCCCUGGCCCCUCCAGCUACCUGCUCCCUGGCAGCCUUCCCCUGGGCGGCUGCGGCUCUACCCCUCCCACCCCCACUGGGCUGGCUGCAGCCUCUGACAAGAGAGAGGGCAGCAGCAGCUCUGAGGGACGUGGGGACACAGACAAGUAUCUGAAGAAGCUGCACACGCAGGAAAGGGCGGUGGAGGAGGUGAAGCUGGCCAUCAAGCCGUACUAUCAGAAAAAGGACAUCACCAAGGAAGAGUACAAGGACAUCCUGAGGAAGGCUGUCCACAAGAUCUGCCACAGCAAAAGUGGGGAGAUCAACCCGGUGAAGGUGAGCAACCUGGUGCGCGCCUACGUCCAACGCUACCGCUACUUCCGCAAGCACGGCCGCAAGCCAGGAGACCCCCCAGGGCCUCCACGGCCUCCCAAGGAGCCAGGACCCCCGGAUAAGGGCGGUCCAGGAUUGCCCCUGCCCCCUCUCUGAGACCCCCAGCCCCCCUUCCCUCCUCUGCCUCUUUGAAAUUCUGGACGUAUUUAUGGCUCCGCCUCCCCACUUCCCUCCCCUGUCAGUGGGAUGAUUGGGGGAGGGUUGCUGUGGGGAAGAGGAGAGCCCCCUGCCCAUUCCUGUGCCCAUUCCCCAUGUCCACAAGCCUUUCCCCGUCACCCCCCCCACCCCCCGUUCAUACCCUUCCCCCAGUUUCAUUAAAGAUUUCAUGAAAUGUU